AUGCAGUGGCUCAAGGCCUCCGAUCGGUGCCCCCUAUGCAAGGUCACCGUCUCACGAGUACUCCACGAGAUCAAGUCUCCCAAGGAUUACGAGAUUUACACGCAUGUCUCUGUCAAGAAACGCGGCGGGGGGGGCGCGGAGGGGUCUUUGCCGUCGCCUCCGGCAGCGGGCGGCACCGCGGCCGAGACAUCUGGGCGCGUCGGGGGGGGAGACGAGGGCGCGCGAGCGAGUGGGGGUGCCGCGGUUGUUGACGGCAGGACGGGACCCGAGUUCCGGUCCCUGGUGUACAGAAGGGGCUUGGCGGCGGAGCCCCCCGCAGAGAAAGCGAGGCGGCCAAAGCCGCUGGACCAGCUUCGAUCGUGGAUCGCCAGGGACGUUCAAGCGGCGGCUCCGGGCACCAGGGGGGGUGGGGGGAUGGACACUCGGUUGGUGGAGGAUAUCGUGCGGGCGCUGCUGAAGGACAAUGAUGUUGACACGCAAGACGGCUACUGCACCGUCAAGGAGCAGGGCUUCUUGUUCGAGAACACCGCGCCCUUUCUGCACGAGUUGUGGUGCUUCAGGUGGAGCAAGGCCCGCAUGCCCGCCUACGAUCGUAGAGCGGUGUACAGGCCGAGACCGACACAGAGAUGA